GCUGUUAAAGUGGUUGCUAUGAGACCUUCUCCAGCUACACAGGCACAGCAGCGAGUGCAAGGCUGAUAAAUCCUACCUCUUGCAUUAUACCUUUCCUUUCUGCCUCCUUUUUUUUUCCCUCCCAGCACAGCUUUUAUAGUUGUUUAAGAUCAGAGAAAGCACCUGCCAGCUGCUUUUUUUUCCCUUUUGCUCCCUUCUUCUGCCUCGUGCAAGAUGGAGCUAGAAAACGAAAUGAUCAGCUCCUCCAGCAAUUCUUCAGCAGGCUCCAGAGAGUACAAGGUGGUGAUGCUAGGAGCAGGGGGAGUUGGCAAAAGCGCAAUGACAAUGCAGUUCAUAAGCCAUAGGUUCCCUGACUAUCAUGAUCCAACUAUCGAGGAUGCCUAUAAAACUCAAGUCCGAAUUGAUGAUGAACCAGCCUAUUUGGACAUUCUGGACACUGCUGGACAGGCAGAAUUCACAGCCAUGAGGGACCAGUACAUGCGAGGUGGAGAAGGUUUCAUUAUCUGCUAUUCCAUCACAGACCGCCAAUCCUUUCAAGAAGCUGCUGAGUUUAAGGAACUCAUUUAUCGUGUCAGGCACACCUAUGACAUCCCCUUGGUGCUGGUGGGAAACAAAAUAGAUCUUGAAGAGUUCAGGCAGGUCUCGACUGAAGAAGGAAUGAGCUUAGCCAGAGAGUACUCCUGCUCCUUUUUCGAGACUUCAGCUGCCCUCCGCUUCUACAUUGACGAUGUCUUUCACGGACUAGUGAGGGAAAUCCGAAGGAAAGAGUUCUCACUGGUGGAGAAGAAGAUAAGGAGGAAGGAUAGUCUGUGGCGGAAACUGAAAGGGUCCCUGAAGAAAAAAAAGGGAAGUACAACCUGAUGGCAGUUCCCUGUGAGCCACCCAUCAGGAGCUGACCACAGUAACCCGUAACAGUUCAAAAAGGCAUCAUUGACAUAACAUCUUCCAGAGUAGGUCCUGGAGUUUUUUCCCUUCAGCCCUCAUGCAGAAGUAGCUCCUUGAAGGCCCAAUUUGUGGUUGCCCUGUGGCUCCUCUGUAUUAUAGAUAAAGUCACUUAGCAUACCCUUUCAUCCCUUCUCUGCAAACCUGAGUGGAGAAAAUACUGUGGUGUUUUACCUGUGGUCCCUGGCUGGUCUUCACAUGGUAGGAGUUAAGCUAGUGUACAAGGCAGAACCAGCUUCCACCAGCUCUAGAAGGGGUUGCACUGCCUCCUCUCUACAUGCAUUUCACCAUUCCAGAAAUUAAGAACAUUGGUUUCAGUGGGCUUUUUGACUAUUUAAGGACUUUAGGAUUUGACCUCCAGCUUCACAUUCUAAUGUAGGUUUAGGGUAAGACUGUGUUCAGCCCACAUGCCCAUGUCUGUGUGAUUGUGUAUGUGUAAAGCAGGCCCAAGGGAGCUGCAGAUUUUCACCCAGUAGAGCCCUAUGCUCAUUGUGUCCUUUCCAUUUAGCGUGAAGGGUUGGCAAGCAUAGCACAAGUCACACACACCAGCUGUCCAGAGGCUGCAGGGCUACUGCUCUCUCUCCUCUGCUCAUUACUCACCAGGACUGGCUACCAGAUGUGCCAUGUCCUACAGACAUGCAGUGCAUUAGAACCGUAGAAUAGUUUGGGUUGAAAGAGACCUUUAAAGGUCAUCUGGUCCAAACCCCUGCAGUGAGCAAGGACAGCUUCAACUAGCUCAGGUUGCCAGAGCUCUGUUCAGCCUGACCUUGAAUAUUCCCAGGGAUGGGGCAUCCACCACCUCUCUGGGCUACCUGUGCCAGUCCCUCACCACUGGACACACUCCUGCACUCCACCAGGAGCACACAACGGCACUGUCUGUCUGAUGCUUCACAGAGCUUUCCCUAGAGCAAAGCAGCUUUGUCCCAGCAUAUAAUAACAUUUGUGAUGUACCAUUCAACCCUUGACUUACUAGAGAAUUGCAUAAGGUCAGUCAUCAUCUUUCAUAGUCCUUGACCAUCCAAGCGAAUCAUUUGAUUGAUCAGUUGGACAGGUCUUUUAAAUAUUCCUUUUUUAAAGCUAGCAUGAAGUAUAGUCUCAUUGACCUUUUCUCUUCCCAAAUUUCUUUUACUAUUUGCUUUAUUUAUAAAUUUUACAAUUAAAACAUGCAUACAUUUUGUCAAGAAAUAAAAUUGUGAUUUCCAUGAAACCAUA